AUGGGUCUAUGUAGGGAUGCGGCAAUCUCUAGAAUUGUGGAAUAUGCGACGCGGGACCAAGCCCAGAACGCUGUGGCAACGCUCAGCAACCAGAACCUAAUGGGCCGACUCGUCUAUGUUCGAGAAGACCGCGAGGCUGAGCCUCGUUUCAUCGGUGCCACGGCCAACCGCGGCGGUUUUGGCGGCGGUGGCAUGAACCCCGGUGGCUUCGGCGGCGGCGGUGGUGGCGGUGGUGGCGGCUACAACCCAGGCGGUGGCAGCCGUCAAAUAUACGUGGCCAACCUUCCAUACACUGUAGGCUGGCAAGACCUCAAGGACCUGUUCAGACAGGCUGUGGUGCUUGGACUCACUGUGUACUCCUUAGCUCGAAACGGAGUCGUCAUCCGCGCCGAUGUUCACCUAGGACCAGACGGUCGCCCCAAGGGUUCCGGAAUCGUCGUUUUCGAGAAUCCUGAUGAUGCCCGCAACGCUAUCCAGCAGUUUAAUGGCUACGACUGGCAGGGCCGCUUACUGGAAGUUCGCGAGGAUAGGUUCGCUGGCGCUGGAGGUCCUAUGGGCUUCGGAGGCCGAGGCGGCUUUGGUGGCGGCGGCAUGCGAGGCGGCUUUGGUGGCGGUUACGGUCGCGGCGGCUUCGGCGGUGGCCGUGGUGGCUUCGGUGGCGGCGGCUAUGGUCGCGGAGGCUUCGGCGGCGGUCCUGGUGUUGGUGGUAUUGGUGGCCCCGGCGCCCCCGGUGGCUUCGAUGCUGGCAACGCGCCUUCGGUUCCUCCUAACCCCUUCACUGACUACGCUACUGCUGGGACCGACAGGAGCGAAACUAUUUACGUACGAAACCUUCCCUGGUCUACCAGCAAUGAAGAUCUCGUCGAACUCUUCACAACUAUCGGCAAGGUUGAGCAGGCGGAGAUUCAGUAUGAGCCAAGUGGUAGAUCGCGCGGAACCGGUGUGGUUCGUUUCGAUUCUGCGGAGACCGCUGAAACUGCGAUCGCCAAGUUCCAGGGUUACCAAUACGGAGGCCGACCCUUGGGUCUAAGCUUUGUCAGAUACCUGAACGCUGCAGGUGGCGGUGACAGCAUGGAGACAGACGCCCAUGCUGGUUUGACACAAGAUCAGAUUAUGUAA